AUGAAUUUUUUGGAGGAACUCCCUGAACAAAUAUUUCUAGAUAUCUUACUAAGAGUGCCAUACAAAUCUCAGUCAAACAUUAAGCAGUUAUUGAAAGCUGCCAAAGAAAAGAUGGAAUGUCCUGAUUUUUAUCAAGAUAGAAUUAAAUUUGGGCUGGCUAAGAAAUAUAUAUGUUUGCUCUUGUCCGAUCGGACGUCUUCUCAGUACAAUGCUAGGAUAUCUAUAUACGAUCCUGUUGAUCAGUCAUGUAAACUGCUCUCUCGUAUUCCCGCAAACGCAAACACAACCGUUUAUAAGAUUAUGAAUGUAAAUCAUAAGAUUGUUGUGCUGGCUUUUGAACGUUUGGCUUUUGGACGUUUCUAUGCUACUCCAAUCUUUUUGAUAUAUGAUUUAUUAUCUAGUACAUGGAAGUAUGGUGCAAAGUUUCCUAGCUUUAGACCUAAUAUCAAGGGGUUUUCAUGCUGUGCCUCACCAGAUGGAACGAUUUACAUUGCAGGAGCUCGAGAUCGUGAAGCAGCAGUUUAUAAAGUAGACGAAGACAAAUGGGAGCUCCUUCCUGAAAUGCACCAAGAAAUGGGCAGUUGUAGGGGUGUUUUUAUUGAAGGAAUGUUUUAUGUCAUUGGUUUUGGUAAUAAUGGAUGUCAAAGAUUUGAUCCCAGCACAAGAGUAUGGACAACAAUAAUAAAUAUGUCUAUGCCUCAUUCAUGCUCCAUUGUUCUGUAUGCGUUUGGACAAUUAAUUGCGUAUGGAGGUGGUGGAAUAAAGCAAUAUGAUUGGCAAGGAAAUGUAUGGAGAGAAUUGGACACUAAGAAACCUUUUCAUGCCACAGUGUGGUGUGAUCGAAUUUUCUUCUGCACAUCAAUUUGUACUCCUGGGCAUCUGCAAUUUUAUGUUUAUAAACCUGGAGCAGCUUCUUCUGAGAGGUUGAUUUCUUUUGACGACGAAGAAAUGCGUUUCGAAUCUAUUGACACAAUAUAG